AAAUUUCAGUCAUAGACUCAAUUGCUCAAUUGCAACUCUGAGCUUCUUUUGACUCUCUUGUCUUGUUUUUCUCCUUUCAAAAUGUACAAACCGCCACCUUCACUUCUCUCACGAUCGCUUCCUGUUUAUCAUCUCACAGCAGCCAAUACAUCUUUAGGGAAAACAAUUUUUUCAACACUUCUCUGUCGGCAACUUCUUGCCAAAAAACAAAUCCCAUAUUAUUUGAAGCCGGUUUCUACGGGCCCUUUAAACGAGGCUGAUGAUGGACAUAUUGGGAAAUUUGCGAAGGGAACGAAUAUAAAAUGUCUGUUCAGGUAUGGGGAAGCUGUUAGCCCACAUAUUGCGGCGAAGGGUGUGAAAGUAAGUUUUGAAAUUCAAAUCUGGGCGAAGGAACGAUGACUUGUGAGUUUUAUGGGUUUGGCUUGAUAUAUUUUGUUUUAACAUCCGAGAUGAGAUGGAUUGAUCUGACCUUGAGGGUCCAAAUCAGAUAAGAUCGAGGGACGCUGACUCGAGAACUACUUGCAGCCACCAAAUGAUCAUGAGAUUGUCACGGCGAUCUCUGAACAAGUCCAAAAAUGGACCAAAAGUAAUGAAGAAGGGCGAGAAUCAAUGAUCCUGGUGGAAGGCGCUGGUGGUGUACAUUCACCUACACCUUCUGGUACCAGUCAGGUGGAUGCAUUAAGACCUUUGAGAAUGCCAGUAUUUCUCGUUGGCGAUUCAAAGUUGGGUGGAAUUUCAGCAACAAUUAGCGCUUGGGAGAGUAAGUCAUACUCUUAAGAUAUUUGGAAAUCUCGAAGUUUCUUCUAGGUUCACCCCAAAAAUGGAACUUGGACUAAUGCAAAUAUAGGUCUGCAUCUUCGUGGUUAUGAUAUUGAGUCAGUGUUGAUAUUUCAAGAGGAAAAGUACGGCAAUUAUGCAUAUCUUUCCAAAUAUUUCCAAGAAAGGGGUGUGAACACAACAUUCAUUCCCCCCCCACCGAACCAAAUUCCAAAUCCACAAGAAGAUGAGGAGUCUAUGUCCUCAUACUACUCAAGUGUUACUGAGUCCGGGGAGAUUGAAGCUCUAUUGGAAACUGCCCGUCAACGAAACAUCUCACGAAUUGAAGAUCUUGAACAGAUGGCUAAGAAAGCCCAUGAAACGAUCUGGUUUCCGUUCACUCAAAUGAAACAUCUCUCACCCGAUAAUAUACUCCCAAUAGAUUCAGCUUAUGGAGAUUAUUUCCAAACCCUACCGAACACUAGCACAGGCGAAUCCACACCACAAAAGCGUUCCAAGGAUAAUGUUCUUAAACCAACUUUGGAUGGCUCAGGAUCCUGGUGGACUCAAGGUUUAGGCCACGGAAACCCUGCUCUUUCCUUAGCCGCAGCAUAUGCAUCAGGUCGCUAUGGCCACUGCAUCUUUGCAUCUACCAUCCAUUCACCUGCUCUCAAACUUGCCAAUCAUCUCCUCACAAACAUCAAGAAUCCCCGUCUCUCACGCGUCUUCUAUUCUGAUAACGGUAGUACUGGUAUGGAAGUUGCUGUAAAAAUGGCCCUGACAGCUGCUAGUAAACAUUACCGUUGGGGAAAAAGUGAAGACAAGAGAAAGCAGGUGGGAAUCAUCGGAUUAAAAGGCAGCUAUCAUGGAGACACCAUCGGAGCUAUGGAUCUUAGCGAAGGGAGCGUUUAUAACAAAAAAGUACAUUGGUAUAAAGGAAGAGGAUUGUGGUUUGAUGUACCAAAAGUCUGGAUGAAAGACGGGAAAUGGGUAGUUUAUGACAGAACUGGCGAUAACAUCGUGGAGACAUUUGACGAAUUGGAAGAUAUAUUUAGUUGGCAAAGAAAGACCAGCAAGCUGAGGAAAACGUACGAGGAACAUAUUUUGGCCGAGCUUCAAAAGGCAAAUCGAAAGGGAAUGAAAUUUGGUGCGUUGGUUUUGGAGCCAGUUAUCCUUGGCGCUGGUGGUAUGCUAUUCUGGUGAGUAUACCCAUCCCAACCUCUCAAACCAUCCUCUAACAUAAAUUUAGUGAUCCCCUCUUCCAACGCACCUUAACAUACGUCAUUCGCAAUAUGCCCGAACACUUGCUCGGCAAAGUCAAUCAACCUCCCACAGACAUCCUACCCUCACCAAGGCAAUGGACCGGCCUUCCCGUAAUUCACGACGAAGUCUUCACGGGCCUCUACCGACUUGGCCACUUCAGUUCCUCUACCCUCUUACAUACAUAUCCCGAUAUUUCAGUGCAUGCCAAACUCUUAACAGGUGGUUUACUACCCCUUUGCACAACGCUUGCCAGCGAAAGCAUCUACGAAGCAUUCCUUGGCGAUGAAAAGAGUGAAGCGCUAUUACAUGGACAUAGUUAUACUGGUCAUGCCGUAGGCUGUGAAGUCGCACGCGUAAGUUUAGAAACCAUGGGAAAAUUAGACAGCGAGAAAAAUGGGGCUUGGGAGGGCUUUAGAAGGGAUUGGAAUGGGGUGAAAAGUACUGAAGGAGAAAUAACUCCCCAGACAGAAACAACAGAGGCGGAAAACAAACAUAAGAAAGUUCAAGUCUGGAGUAUAUGGAGUAAAUCGUUCGUUACUUCAAUAUCUCAUCUGGAGUCAGUCGAUGGGGUUGUCGCAUUAGGUAGUGUGUUGGCUAUCACAUUUAAAGACGAACAAGGAGGUGGAUAUACAUCCAAGGUGACAGAGGUAGUGAGAGAGAAGUUACUAGGUGGUGAUGUGGAAGGCGAGCUGGGUGAAUGGAAUAUCCACGCCAGGAUAUUGGGUAAUGUGAUUUAUCUUAUGGGUAGUCAGGUUAUGACUACGGAGCAAGUGAAGAGUAUUGAGGAGAGAUUGGGAGGAUUAUUAGGGUUAUGAGUUAGGGAAGAAUGCUGAAGUAACGGUGAAUAAAUGAUUAAAUCGUAGUAGUAGCAUUUGAUUAUUGCAAUGUAG